AUGAAGCAUGCCAUGGUCCUAGAGCUGUCCGAUGGAAAACUUUUCCAUGCACCCAUCGGCAACAAUCCUCAGAAAAUCAUUGAUCUUGGAACCGGAACAGGAAUCUGGGCUUUGGAAGUUGGCGACAAGUACCCUGGCGCCGAAGUAAUUGGAGCAGACUUGUCCCCAAUCCAGCCUGGUUGGGUGCCACCCAACGUCCGCUUCAUUGUCGACGACGUAGAAGACGAGUGGCUGUUUCCCAACGACUUUGACUUCAUCCACAUGCGAAACCUCGCCACGUGGGUUCAUGAUCUCCCUAAACUGCUGGAACGCUGUUUUGAGAACCUGAAACCCGGAGCCUGGGUUGAGACUCAAGACUUCAACUCCAAUGUGGGGUGUGAUGAUGGCACAAUGCCUGAUGAUUGGCCUCUCAUACAGUUUUGGGCGCAGCUUCACGAGGCUAUGCUGAUGCUCAACGUAGAUAUCCGAAUCGCUCCGCGGAUUGGAGAUCUGAUGGAGAAGGCAGGCUUUGUCAACGUCAAGAGAACAGCUUACAAGGUACCUGUUGGGGCCUGGCCAAAGAACCGCACUCUCAAUCUUGUAGGCGACUACAUGCGUACCAUCAUGGAGGACCUCCUGGGCGCGGCUGCUAGCAAACCGCUGUUGAAGUUGGGAUUGGGUGCGACUGAGAUUGAAAUCUUCCUGGCGUCUGUUAGAUCAGCGCUCAGGGAUCGUAAUGUGCACGCUUACGGCACAUAUUUCUCCUGGGCUGGACAGAAGCCAUACUAA